AGAAGAUUUCUUGUCACGCGGGUCUUCCGCGAGUCGCAUGCGUGCCGAGCUGGAAGGUCGUCCAGUUUUGUACAAUCAUUCCGUGUUCCAUCUGGACAGCUUCAGGAUGGUGCACAACGAUGGCAUAUAGGAAGAUCCAUAGUAGCGUUGGUGAGGGUCAUCAUGACUUGAAGCAAGAAUAUACAUGAUGAAGGCUUUUGUGGUUACUCACUCGUUGUUAGCUAGCGUAGCGGCGCACACAAUCUUCACCCAACUACAUGUCAAUGGCGUAGCGCAGGGACAUACCAAGGGGAUUCGAGUGCCGACGUACGACGGACCAAUAACGGACGUAACAUCAAACGAUGUGAUCUGUAAUGGCGGCAUCAACCCCUACAGAACGCCUCUCCCCAAAGACAUCAUCAAUGUCAAAGCUGGAGACAAGCUCACUGCCGAGUGGCACCACACGCUCGAUUCCAAGCCCGAGACGGACAAGUCAGAUCCAAUUGACCCCGGUCAUCUAGGUCCCAUCAUGGUUUACCUUGCCAGAGUCGAUGAUGCUUUGUCUACCAAAGUGACGGGACUCAAGUGGUUUAAGAUCUACGAGGAUGGUAUGGAUGCCAAUGGCGAGUGGGCCGUUACGAGACUGUACAACAACAAGGGCCUGGUAGACUUCGUACUACCGUCGUGCAUCCCCAGUGGACAAUACCUCCUCCGCGCUGAGCUCAUUGCUCUCCACGCAGCCUCCAACUACCCCGGUGCUCAACUCUAUAUGGAAUGUGCUCAAAUCAACGUGACAGGAGGUGGCAGUGGCAGUCUGCCGACCGUCAACUUUCCAGGCGCAUACAAAGCGACGGACCCGGGGAUUAAGUUUCAACUGUACUGGCCGAUCCCAACCAGCUACAUAAUCCCUGGUCCGAGACCAUUCACCUGCUCUGCGAAGAUCAGGUAGGCGGAUAUGGGUGAUAUUUUCGCACAUACACACACGCACAAACACACAUACAUACAUACACAAACUUACUCUCUCAUCUCGUAAUGAAGUACCAUAACAUGAAACACAAAUGCAAUUUAGUGAAAGGGUUGUCGAAAUAUACAUAGACAUUCAUGAUACUCAAGAACCUUUGAGAAUGCCACAAGAAUGACUCCCCCCAUCAAUCCGCAUAACAAGCCUGGCCCAGUGACUAUCUUCGUGUAUGCACCCCACAAACAAUCUGCCCAUAUUUAUCUCACAUGCAUAACGUGUGACCGCAGCUUCCAACCGUGGAACCUUGGAACUUCGUACCUGCGUCAGCAGCUCCACUCAGCUUGGAGCUUCCCCACC